CCACGGAGGAGGUGAGCCCCAUGUUCGAUGUGGAGGUGAACGCGGAGGGCACCACGUUGGUCCUCACCCCCACGCAGGAGGGGCUGCUGGGGGGGCUGCGGAUGGUGCUGCGGGCGUGUGAGGUCACCGUGCUUACCCUGCAUCCCCUCCUCCCGUACUUCAGCCCGCAGGAUAGGCUCAGCUCAGUCCUGCAGGAGGAUAACCCCGUCCUGCGCAUGAUGCUGGAGGACGACACCUACCUGCGGAAGACGAGCGAGCGUGUGCUGACCUUGGUGGAGGAGAGCUGGCGGAAGGUGCGGGCCGAGGUGGAGCCACUGCAGGAGUUACUGGAGCAGGCGGAGACCAAGACGCAGGACGAGGGCUUUCAAGGACGAGAGCUGGGCGAGCUGGGCGGGUGGCUGGCGCGCGUGGAGGACCUGGUGGAGAGGGCGCGGGACCUGAAGGAGGUGGUGCGCCUCGGCCUGCUACAGGUGGACCAGACGGCCGCCAGGAAGGUGUUGGUCACGUCCUUCCGCCAGCAGCAGCAGCGCAUACACCAGGACGUCAGCCAGAGCUUCGACCAGCGCGUGCGGAAGUUGCUGGCGGACGCUAACGACAAGUGGCUGGGGCUUGAGCUGGCUCCCGUGACGGCCCAGCAGGUGGUGACGCUGCUCAGCUACGUGUCGGAGGUGAAGGAGCAGAUGGAGGACGUGAACGAAGAGGAGAAGGUGAUCCGUGAGGUGUACCAAAUGAUCCAAGGCUACCACAUCACCCUGCACCCAGAGAUACACAACAAAUACGAGGCGCUGCAGAAGGAGGUGAAGCGCCUCCGUAAGUCUAUCCACCGCAGCCUCAUGGAACUGCCGGCGUCCGUGAGGAAGCUGAAUCACCUGCUGGAGAAGGAGAUCGAGGAGGUGGACACAGAGACCACCAAACUGGCCGAGCAGGUGCAGGCCCUAAGGUUCCUGCGGGUGACAAGUGACCGGGAGGAGGCCCUCAAGAUGCUGGAGGCCGCCGAGGCACGCGCCUCCACCAUCCGUUCGCAGGCGGCGACCAUCAUGGAGUACCAGACCAGGUUCCAGCUGAAUGUGUGUCCCUUCAAGGAGCUGGGCGAGGUGGAGGAGGAGAUCAACCUGAAGAUGCUACUCUGGCGCUCCCUGUCCGAGUGGGAGGACCUCACGAAGCAGUGGUACCAGAGUGAGGUGCGGGGCCUGGACGUGGGCAAGGUGACGCAGGUGACCCUCCAGUACCGCUCCAAAGUGGACUACCUCAUGGGCGCCACCGAGCACACCGACGUCCUGCUGCACCUUCACGGCCUCGUCACGCACCUGCAGGACAAGCUGCCGGUGCUAGAGGCUCUCACUGACUCCGCUCUCCGGCCGCGGCACUGGGAGGAGAUUGACGCCGCCCUGGGCCAGCCGCUGCCCCGCGCCUUCACGCUGGCCCACGUGGACGAGCGGCGGCUGCACGAGCACGCCCACACCCUGCAGCAGGUGGCGCACACGGCACAGCUACAGAGGGAGAUGGAGAACCGCCUCAGCCAGGUGCAGCAGAAGUGGGAGGCGGCCAAGUUACCCGUGGAGGACUACACGCGGAAGGACAUGUACCUGCUGGGGGCCCUGGCGCCGAUAGACUCCCUGCUGCUGGAGACGGAGCUCACCCUCCACCUGCUGCUCCACUCCCAGCACGCCGUCCACAUCAAGCCCGAGACCGUCAAGUGGAAGAACACGCACACCAUCAUCAAACACACGCUGUCCGCCCUUCGUGACUUCGAGGAGGAGUGGCUGGCCCUCGACCCCGUUCUCACCACCUGCGUCGCGCGUGAGGUCUUCCCCCUCCACACCACCGCCUUCGCCAACGUCUCCACCUUCUGGACCGCCACGCUUGCCUCGGUGAAGGAGGAGCCGCACAUCCUGAAGCACCUGCGCGGGGGGAUGCUGCACGAGGAGGUGACGCAGCACAGGACGCAGCUGCAGGGCCUCCGCGUGUGCCUGGCGCCCCUGCUGGCCAUGCGCAGACAGACCUGUCCCCGCCUCUUUCUGUUGCCCGACGCAGACCUGCUGGAGCUACUCACGAAGGGGCAGGAGCCGGAGGUGUGUCACAAGCACCUGGGCAGACUGUUCCCCGGCGUGGGUCGUCUGGUACACGGCCAGGACGGCAGGAUCGUGGAGCUCGUGUCGCCUCAACGCGAGGUUCUCCAUCUGGCCAAGCCCGUGGUGGCGCACCAUGGCGUGGAGGACUGGCUGGGGCGGGUGGAGAGCGCCAUGAGGGCCUCACUCAAGCGACUUAUUCUCAAACACGCGCCUCAGGACAACCUCGACCUUGACCAGCCUCAGCUUCCACUGCAGGUGGUGGAGGUGUGUCGCCGCAUCAGGUGGCACGAGCAGGUGGCGGCAGCCAUCGACUUGGCCGAACAACGCGCGGCAAAGCCAGACCUGAACGCCGUGCUGCGGGGGGUGACGCAGGAGCUGGAGGUGCUGACGACGGCUGCGAGAUGGGGCGAGAGGAGUGCUGCAACGCCCCUGAGAGCCGCACGUUUUGCCUUCCUGACCACGUUGUUGCUGGAGUUACGGGACGCUACCUGCAGGCUGGUGCGCGACGGCCCCUCCUCCAGGUGCGCUUACACGUGGCUGCAACACCUGCGUCACCACGUCACGGGGGAGGGGCGUGGAGCAGGUGUGCAGGUGAGUGUGGGCGUGGACACUCUGGACUACGGCUACGAGUAUCAGGGAGUGGCCACGGCUGCCGUGCCCACGCCUUCCACCCUGCGCGCCCGCCACUGCCUCCUCACCGCCGCCGCAAGGAACAAGUGUGGGGUGGCGGUAGGCGGCGUCGGCGGCGGGAAGACGGAGACGAUCGGCGAGGUGGCGCGGGCGGCGGGUCAGUUCAUGGCCACCCUCACCUGCAGCCCGAACACAUCCGCUCAGAGCCUCCAGAGCAUGGUAAGCGGCGGGGUUCAGGGCGGAUUCUGGCUGCUUCUGGAGGAGGCCGCCCUUCUCCCGCAGCCCCUGGUGGCCCGCCUCGCCCAGUACCUGCACAGCGUCCGCCACACAAAGGCCAACGCUCUCAGAAGGUGCAUCAUUGACGGGCAGGAGAUGAAGCUGACGGACUCCUUCAGCCUCUUCCUGACGGUGACCAGUCCGAGCGGCGUGUCCGGAGCAUCGCCACAGCCACCCUGCCCGCUCCUCAACCACCCCCUCGCCCCCCACCUCGCCCCCGUCACCGUCUGUCUCCCCAGCACUGGUAGGUCACACUCGACACCCUUCUCUUCCCUUUCGCAAAUCUUCUAUACCGUGUAAUUUCAA